UGUGACGGAAGAAGGUCACGGUGAACGUCUCACGCUCCAGGAAGCUCCGCCCCUCGCUUUAGCGCUGUCUCUGCUGCUGGAGGUCGUUGGUGUCACUGGAAGGCUGAGUGUGCUCGUGAUCCCCUGCUGUCAUGUUCUCCCGUAUCGCCAGACCCGCCGCCUGCGGCCUAGUCCGAGGACUGUCCACCAGCGCUCAGAACAAUGCCAGGGUGGCAGUGCUUGGAGCCUCUGGGGGCAUCGGGCAGCCUCUUUCUUUGCUGUUGAAGAACAGUCCUUUAAUCAGCAACCUUUCUCUCUAUGAUAUUGCUCACACACCAGGGGUUGCUGCAGAUCUGAGCCACAUUGAAACCAGAGCCAAAGUCACAGGAUACAUUGGAGCAGAGCAACUUCCAGAGAGCCUAAAAGGUGCUGAUGUUGUUGUCAUCCCUGCUGGUGUUCCCAGAAAACCUGGCAUGACCCGUGAUGAUCUGUUUAACACAAAUGCAUCUAUCGUCGCCACACUGACUAAUGCCUGUGCUAAGCACUGCCCAGAAGCCAUGAUUUGUGUUAUCGCCAAUCCCGUAAACUCAACUAUUCCUAUUACUUCUGAGAUUUUUAAGAAACAUGGUGUUUACAAUCCUAACCAUAUUUUUGGUGUUACUACCCUGGACAUUGUUCGAGCCAACACAUUUGUAGCUGAGCUAAAGGGUCUGGAUCCAGCACGUGUGAAUGUUCCUGUAAUUGGUGGACACGCUGGCAAAACUAUUAUACCACUGAUUUCUCAGUGCACCCCCAAAGUAGAAUUUCCACAAGACCAGUUGGAACCCCUUACUUUGAGGAUUCAAGAAGCUGGGACAGAAGUGGUUAAAGCCAAAGCUGGAGCAGGAUCUGCAACACUGUCUAUGGCCUAUGCUGGAGCACGCUUUGUCUUUUCACUGCUGGAUGCUAUGAAUGGGAAAGAGGGUGUCGUGGAAUGCUCUUUUGUUAGAUCUGAAGAGACUGAAAGCCCAUAUUUUUCAACUCCUCUACUGCUGGGGAAAAAUGGAAUUGAGAAGAACCUUGGCUUGGGAAAACUGUCUCCAUAUGAAGAGAAGCUCAUAGCUGAAGCCAUAGGAGAGCUGAAGGCCUCUAUUAAAAAGGGGGAGGAAUUUGUGAAGAACUUCAAGUGAAUGUAAAGUUUAGUUUGGAAGUUGGCUUCCUUAAUUUAUUGAAGCAAGGUGACACUUUAGAAAUGGAGCCCAUAAAAUAUGCUGUGAAGAGUUCUGUUUUUUGCAAUAGGUGGCUGCUUUCCCAGCAUGUCUCUUUUGUACAUGAGAUAUCCUCACAGCAUAUACAAUGGGAACUCAGUAACAGCACUUACAUCAAUUGCUUUUACCAGUGAAAAGCAAAUACUGUUGAGAUUCAGAUCAUGAAUAAAACAUCUUAUUUUUCUUUCUAA